GUCACUCAAACCAAACAAAGCUCUAGAGCUAGCAGUUACUCCAUCCAAUGCGACGGCGUCGAUCGUCGAGAUACACGUACACCUCUUCCACACCGUAGGAAAUAAUAAAAAAAAAACAAAAAGCCCGCGAUGCGCACCGCUACGUAUUUUUAGCAAUAGUUCUUUGAGCUAAAACUUCUGGAGGCGGAGAGGGAGCGGGAUUAGGGUUUUAGCAAGUGAGCGAGCGAGCGAGAGAGAGAGAGGUAUGGUGAACCCCAACCCUCGGUGCUACUUGGAUAUAAGCAUAGGAGGAGAGCUAGAGGGGAGGGUAGUGGUGGAACUCUACAAGGAUGUGGUUCCCAAAACCGCCGAGAAUUUCAGGGCUCUCUGUACCGGCGAGAGGGGCAUUGGCCCUAACACCGGUGUUCCCCUCCACUACAAGGGGGUCCGUUUUCAUCGUGUCAUCAAAGGUUUUAUGAUACAAGGUGGAGACAUAUCGGCUGGGGAUGGCACUGGAGGAGAAUCUAUCUACGGCUUGAAAUUUGAGGAUGAGAAACUUGACCUCAAACAUGAAAGAAAAGGAAUGCUAUCAAUGGCUAACGCCGGACCUAACACCAAUGGAUCCCAGUUCUUCAUCACGACAACUCGCACUUCUCAUCUAGAUGGCAAGCAUGUUGUAUUUGGGAAGGUAAUUAAAGGAAUGGGUGUGGUUAAGACUAUUGAGCAUGUUACUACUGGAAAGGGUGAUUAUCCCACUCAAGAAGUAAUAAUUAUGGAUUGUGGGGAGAUUCCCGAGGGGAAAGAUGAUGGAAUAUCUAACUUCUUUAAAGAUGGUGAUGCUUAUGCUGACUGGCCAGCUGACCUUGAUGCCAAACCAGAUGAAAUUUCUUGGUGGAUGAGGUCUGUAGAUGACAUUAAAAGUUUUGGAAAUGAGCAGUACAAGAAGCAAGACUAUAAGAUGGCUCUCAGAAAAUAUCGUAAAGCUUUGCGCUACUUGGAUGUAUGCUGGGAAAUGGAAGACAUUGAUGAAGAGAAAAGUGCAUCCCUGCGGAAGACAAAGUCCCAGAUAUUUACAAAUAGUUCUGCUUGUAAAUUGAAAUUAGGAGAUCUAAAAGGAGCAUUGUUGGACACGGACUUUGCUAUGCGAGAUGGGGAAGAUAAUGUGAAAGCUUUGUUUCGCCAAGGCCAGGCACAUAUGGCGUUAAAUGACAUAGACUCUGCAGUUGAAUGCUUCAGGAAGGCAUUAGAAUUGGAGCCAAAUGAUGGAAGCAUAAAGAAAGAGCUUGCUGCUGCAAGGAAGAAGGUUGAUGAAGCUCCCAUUAUUGCUGAUAGACAUGAUCAGGAGAAAAAGGCCUACUCUAAAAUGUUUCAGUAGAGUUCUGGCAUUCUUCUAGUAUGCUGAACACAAUUUGGUUAUAUGGUUGGCUAGUUCAGGCUUUUUGUUUUCAGACACAAAUUGACUUCAUCAGGCUUUGUUGGUGGGCAUGAAUUGGCUGACAGAUCUUUUCUGGAGACAAAUGAGAAACUCUAGCUUGAACCAAUUUUGAUUAUGUCAAACUAGGCUUAUGGCACUUUAUUGCCAGCUGGAACUCUAUAUACAGGAGCAUGUGGCUUGGCUUGAGCUUUGAUGAAAGCGUUCCGUCUGUCAUCGACCGAGCCUCCCAAUUUCUUACUUGGAUUUUGUUUUUCUGCCUCCUGUUUUGUGAAUCCAGCUCCCAAUUUGCUAUCAGGGUUUGAAUCUUUUAGUCUUGUCAAAGCUAAAUUUUGGCUUGCCUGGGCAACAAGCUUCUGUUGCGUGGACACUGAAGCACGCUGAUCUGCAAGUGAUGUUUCUUCUUCAGCUCUUCUUGUUUCUUCUUCAGCUCUUCUUGUUAAAGCAUGGUAGUGUUCAUGACUGAGUUGGAUAAUGGUGUUGUCCUUUUCUGAACAGUUAAUGAGGUGAACUGCUUCAGCUGCAGAUGCUCCAAAAGCUUCUGAUUCUAACUGUACAGCUCAAAGCAUGAGUUGCAAUGUCUGAAGAGUUUGCUUCCUUAGACGCAGUACUUGUUUGACUGUUAAUUUUGCUUGCUGUUCAUCAUCUAUAUCCUGCUUGAGAGUUUCGUCUUUUCACGUAUGUGGUUCAAAGUCUGGCUUGUUUCAAUUAUCAUCUUCUUUGCGUUGCGCUCUUCUUCCUUCUUGGAUUUGAUGCUUGUGAUGGUGCUCCGAAGUUGUGAUUCAAGCUUGGAGAUGAUGGUAUUAGACAUUAUAGAUUGGUUUUGAGCACUCGCAAGGCUGGAUUUUAGCCUUUCGAGCUCAUCAAUGAAGGGCCUGGAGUCUAGCCAUGAUUGUGUAGUUCUUUCUUUAGCUGUUUUCACUUCUUCCCUGGUCUUCAUCAGUUCAACUGUCUUAGCUUCCAAUGUGCUGCCACAGCUUUCCACUAGGUCUCUGGUUUUGUUUGGCUGGUAAGACUCCAUUUGCAUUUUGCACAAAAGCGAGACUUUUUGAUUGACCCUGAUUUGAAGCUCAUUUAUUAAGUGACUACUUAUAGAUUGUCUACCUACAUUAAGUUUUCCAAUUUAUUUGUCCUUUCUAAAAGUGUGAUUGAGAUUCCUAGACAAGCCUUGUUG